AUUGUAACCAUCCCAGAUAGAGUGCCAUAUUAGGGAACACUUAAACAGCUGGGGGAAGGGGUGUCUGAGUCUCUUGAAAAGGGGGGAUCAGGGAAAGGCAGUUGAAAGGAGGAAUGAUGUUGAUUACAAACUUCCCAGGUUUGCUGGGGGGUAUCUCUGCCCUUAGAUCCUCCACUGGAGAACUAGAGGUAGGAUAGGGUGAGAAGUUUUGGCUUUUGUUUACCCCAACCACAGUCUGUGGUUCCCUUUCUGCCUGAAGCAUCUCCCCUCCCCACCAACACCUCUGCUUGCCUUCUCACCACCUAACCAGCUCUACCCCUCCGGUUUGGUCCUGUGACAGUGAGACCAUUCUGUGUGGCUCCUUCAACCUGGAAUCAGAAGACAUGCUAAGGAGAUGGUCAAGCCCAGAAGGGGCAAGUUAACAACUUGCUUCUCUGUUUUUGUGCUUCCUUUAGUGACUACUCUCGGUAGCAUCCCUGGAAUCGGAAGAGGCCUAGGGAUGCAGGCCGUAUUCAUUCAGAAUCUCUCGGAGCUGGAGCGUACCAGGCUUCGGGAGAUAGCCUUCUUCUGCCUUCAGGAGAAGAAUCCCACCUGGCCCAUCAAGAUGCCCAAAGCAAACAAGAAGGGCAAAUUCCUUCGCAAAAGGUUGGAUGUUCUAAGUCGUGACAAAAAAGAUAAUGCUCAGACCUUUGGGAUCCCCCUCUCCCAAGUCAUUGCCAACGACUUGGCCAACAAACGGCAGAGGGAAGCCAUGAAGGUUCCUCGGAGACAAGGCAUUGAUGUGGAGGCUUCCGUGCUUCGGUUCCUCACAGAGAAACAUCGCCAGUGCAUGCAAGGAGAGCACUCCCUGCUGGGAGCCCUGAUGGAGUAUCACAGGGAGCCUCUGACUCCCCUGUUUGCAGACCAUCCUCCCAAGAUCCAGAGAAGGGGGGGCUUAUCUGUUGACUGCAUUUUCGAUUUGGAUCAAGGCAACUCGCGCCUAUUGGAGGCCCUGCAGCUCUCUCUCCCUGCCAGUCAGGAGGGUGUAAAGCUCAUGGGCAAUGAGGAGAAGUUGGGGCUCAACCCUAUUUUCCGACAGGUCCCCGUCAUUGUGGACAAGUGUUGUGAGCACAUCGAGGAGCAUGGUCUGAAGACCCUUGGGAUUUUCCGUGUUGGAAGCUCCAAGAAGAGAGUGAAGGAGCUUCGUGAAGAAUUUGAUCAAGGCUUGGACGUCACACUGGAUGAGACCCAGAGCGUUCAUGAUGUGGCAGCACUGCUUAAGGAGUUUCUGCGGGAUCUCAGUGAGCCCCUGGUGCCCCGGGAGUUCUACCAAGUUUUUCUCCGAGCCGCCAGUCUGCCUACCGGUGAGAGGCUGGCUAUCUUGCAGCUGCUGAUUUUUCUGCUGCCCCCAUGCAACUGCGAUACUCUGUACCGCCUCCUGCAGUUCCUGGAUAAAGUGUCCAAGCAUUGCGAGGACACCAUUGGGCCUCAGGGCCAGAUGAUUUCUGGCAAUCGGAUGACCACCGCCAACUUGGCUAUGAUUUUUGGACCCAACAUCCUGCAGAAGGAGAAGAUGCACGAGAAGGACACCAAAGUUCUGGGGAUGGAGGAGAGCACAGCCAUGAUCACUGUGCUCCAGACACUGAUUGAGAAUUUCCGGCUCCUUUACAUGGUGCCCCCUGAUGUGCAGAGCGAAGUACUUCUCAGCCUGUGGCACACUGACCCUGAUGUCAUUGAAUAUCUUCUGCGUCAAAAAUUCAAGACCCCCAUGCCCUUGGCGGUCCCCGAGACAUCAGCUUCUGAUAGCGAGUCCACCUCUGCUUCUGAAUGUGUCUCUGCUUCUGGAUCUCUCUCCUGCUCUGCCCUCGAAUCUGCCACAUCCUCCAUCAUUCACAUGGGUGUGCGCAAGGAAACUGAUGAGGCCGUGGCCAGUACCAGUUCCGGGGCAGUCCAGAUCCCCACUCUCUUCCCGCCGUUCUCCUUCCUGAGGCUCCCUGGCCGCAUGGAAAAGGAAACUGCCAAGAGCUCCAAAACUAUCUUCUGCCUGCGUCCCUUCAGGUCUAGCCACGGAGCUCAGAGCCCUGAUGAUGCCUCCUCCAGCCAAGGAGUCUGCAUGAGGCUGUUCUCAUCCCACAGCCAGCGCCAGGCGGCCCGUGCCGAGGAAGAUGUCGUGGAAGAGCAGGCCCCCCAGGCUGCAGCCAAAGAGGAACAGGAUGAGGCCGAAUUCAAGGGCAAGGGCAAGGGCAAGGGCAAGGGCAAAGGCAAGGGCAAGGGCAAGGGCAAGGCCCCCGCAAAAUCUGAAAAGCGGGCCAAAUCCCCCCUUUCUGAUGAUAGCGAUUCUGAACCACGCCCUGGCUGCAGCUGGUUCCAGUCCUAAACGGACACCUAUCUAUUGCUCGCUCUGCGAUUUCUGCUCCCCUCCCCCACCACCACCCUCACCCCCGUAACUCCCUUGCAACGUGCCGGGCAGGAUCUGACAGGUGCCAACUUGUAGAGUGGUGUGAGAGAUCUAGGUGGGUGAGAAAUUUGAGGCUGAAACUCCAGAGGCUGUCAAUCAGGACUGAGUCAGGCUUCUGUGGG